GCCCAAACAAAAAAAAGAGAUAAAGAGGACCCAGGGAUAUUCUCUUUUUCUUUUGGUAUAAAAGAUAUGUUGCGAAGGUCGAUAAUACGAAGACAUCAGCCUUUGCUCAACCUGUAUCGACAGACCUAUGCCUAUUACCACGUGACAAAUAGUGUGUAUAGCCAACCGAAGCAAGUCGAAGAGGAAUCACCACUGAACAAACUAUCUCAAGGCAUCAGCGCUUUCACAUCAACUCUGUUAAAUGCACCUCCUCUUCGUCGAGUAACCAAACCUAAUAUUGAAACACUCCCCUUUACGGGCAAUGCAACCAGCUGGGAGCAGGCUAUUCGAGAAGCUCAGAGCUUGGUGAAUUCGGCUGACCAAGAAAGAAUUUUUGAUCCAGUCAAGGUUGUUGGUAAGGAUCUAUGGGAACUGAAGGGCAAUAUUACCAAGUUGCUCGGUUCGGGGCAUCCAUUUAUUGAUACGAUUGGAAAACAUUAUUUCGAGAGUGAUACCAACCGUAUUCGACCGCUCUUGGUUUUGUUGAUAGCCAAGGCAUCGUCCCUAGCCGACAAAGAUCCAUCACGCGUAGUCCCUGACGGUCCGAUCUCAGACACUCAAAGAAGACUUGCCGAGAUUACCGAGAUGAUCUAUACAGCGUCUCUACUUCACUAUGACGUGAUUGAUAACAAUCAAGCAUCAAAUGCUGUUUUUGGAAACAAGAUGGCGGUCCUUGCUGGUGAUUUCUUGCUUGCUCGCUCAUCUGUCGCCUUAGCACAGUUAAAGAAUGCAGAAUGUAUUGAGCUCAUGGCUACAUGCAUUGCUCAUCUAGUCGAAGGAGAAUUCAUGCAGCUUCAGAAGCCAAAAGAGGGCAUGGAUAAGAACAAGGCAUUCGAGUAUUAUCUGAAACAAGUUUACAUGAAGACAAGUAGCUUGAUUGCUGAAAGCUGUAAAGCUUCUUCUGUCUUGGCUGGUUGCACAAGUCAUGUAGUGAAGGCGGCAUAUGAUUACGGAAAUCAUUUUGGUAUCGCAUUUCAGUUACUCAAUGAUGUCCGUCAAUUUACUCAAAUAGCCGCACACACAAGUACUUCAUCACCAACAGCAUGGAUAAAUGCCCCUGUACUAAUGGCUUGGACAAAAUGCCCUGAUCUGGGAUCAAUCAUUGAACGCAAAUUUAGUAGAGAAGGAGAUAUGGAAAAGGCCCGUCUCUUGGUCUAUCAAACAAACGCACUCAAGGAUGUGAUGACCUUGGCUGAUGAACAUAUCAAAAAAGCAAUUGAUUCCAUAGACCAUUUACCCACAUCGGAUGCAAGAUCUGCACUUGUACAGCUUGUAAAGAAUCUUCCAAGUAGACAAGAAUAGAGAAAGAUAAUCAAUAGAAGCAAGAUAUUUCAUAUUUCAUUUUGUAAAUAGCAAAUAAUAAUAAAAAAAGAUCAUUUCAUCGAAGAGAGUGACUCCAGUGAUCCUCGGGUGCACUAAGAUUUAACAUUUCUAAAUUUGGUACAAUUUAAACACCACAAGCAUCAGUUCGAUUCUUUACAAGGGCCUCCGCAGUCUUUUUACACCUUGUAUUCUUUUAUUUCUAACCUUGAC